GGGAGGAGGUCGCGUGGAGUGUUCCGAGGUAAGGGACGUACCCAGGUCGCGACCUAUGUCUGGCCGCACGGCCCGAUAAACCGUGCCCCCUCCGACAGCCUCCAGCGGGGCCCGAGGGGGUCCCAGACCCCGAAACCAGUAAACCUUAUCUCGGGCCGCCAUCGCGCCACGCCGAAAUAUGAUCCGAUAGUCAACCCGGGGGCAAACGGUGUUCCUACAUCGAGAUACGAUUUACCUAGGAAAUUGGGUUUUGGUCAAGCACGCGCCGCUUCCGGCGUUUCGUCCGAAACUACCACUGCCCGGAUCCCCGACGAAGACGGGGGACGCGGCGAUGACGACGAACCCGUGAACGCGCUACCUAUAGCAGCCAAUCCGUGAGAAGAUUCACCGUCGACGUGCGAUCGCACGUUUCGCGGAAAUUGGGCCCCGGCCAAGUGCGGGUGGUCGGCGAGCGUCGACCCUGGAACUCUCGGCAUUCGGUGCGGCGUCACCGCGGAGUGAAGGUGUCCGGCAGGUGAAAACGGGGGGUGAGGGUGGUGGCGGUGGCGACCGGUGUGAGGUGCCUCAGUGCUCGAACGCCCCCGAAGGAGUCAUGUGCUUCGCCGGAUCUAUCCAAGCUCGGUAGAGGACCGCUUCCGAUUUCGACCCGACGUCCUCUGCAGGAUUCGUCGCGGCCAACGUCCUGGAAGAAAGGGAGGACCCAGAAUCCGGUGAGAAUGCGGGACCGGCUCUCCUGGUACAUGGUCUUUCUCAUCCUGCCGACGAUUCUACUGGCCAGGUCACUCGACAAAGAUCGCCGAGCACCCUUUGGCGUGCCCAUGGAUUGGAGGUCCUUAUUGUACGGGAAUUUCGAGGAGCUCCACAGACCCAACGAGGUGAACGACAACAACACCGUGACCAACGUUACGGUGCAGCAGGGCGGCACGGCGUUUCUGCACUGCAACGUUCACCACCUUAACGAACACACCGUCACCGAUACUGAGAUAUCGUGGAUCCGGCGACGCGACUGGCACGUCCUGACCAGCUCCACCUUGAUCUUCACCAGCGACGAGCGGUUCCAAGUGCUGCAUCCCGAGGGCUCCGACGAUUGGACCCUUCAGAUCAAAUACGUUCAAGAGAGGGACAACGGGACGUACGAGUGCCAGAUCUCGAGGAGCACGGGAAUUUUCUCCCUCUUCGUCAAUCUGAACGUAGUGACGUCCGAGGCGUUAAUUUUGGGAAGAGGCGAGCACCACGUUGACGUGGGAUCCAUUAUAAAUCUCGUUUGCAUAAUAGAAAAGAGCCCGACGCCGCCGCAAUACGUAUUCUGGUACCACAAUAACCGGAUGAUAAACCACGAUACGCGGUGCAGCGUGACCGUGCAAACCGAACCAGGACCUACGGAGAGCCGACUCACCAUUCGCCAGGCCGUCGAGUCGGACACGGGCAAUUACACCUGCAGCGCCUCCAACACCAAACCGGCCUCGAUCUACGUCUUCGUCACCGAAGGGGACAAAAUGGCCGCCAUCUUGCGUCGGAAGACUUCGGGAUCGAAGAGGCUCUUGGGACACGCAGGGUGGACGCUGCUCGUUACAUCUAGCUUAAUUCUAACGCGAUAAAGUCCGGUCGCCAGGAAAUACCCAUUAUUGUGUCGUUGUUUCCAUUACGAUACGUAGAUAGGUACUUUUUUGAGCGCGAGAUACGCGAGAUAUCGUUACGACGUCACGAACGCCCACCGCGGCCCGACAUGCCUGCGAGUAAUGAUGUACAUAUUCCUAAUAAUAAAAAGGCUCGCCCUAGACUUAAAAACGAGAUUUCCCCGACAUCGAGGGAUGCUUUGUGACGUCGGAACUCAUGUAUACAAAUAUAACGGCCCAUAUAACGUUACUUUACGUACCCUCGGAUCAUCGGAGGUGAGAUCUUCGUCGGAAAAGGUAAAAUACGUGCUAUCGAGAGAAAUCCUUCUUUUUACGAGCGAAGACAGGAAUACCGCGUCACCAUGAAAAUAGUCCUACAGUGAAGUAAGAACUAUAUCCGACCGAUUUAUCGAGAAAUUUAGCAUCUGCGAGGAAGCGAUAACUCGGAGUUGCGAAGAUCUGAUUGCGGUUCGAUUGCAUCUAACGGUACCUUUUCAUUAGCGUCAACUCAACGUUGAAAUCGAGCGUGACGUAGUCAUAAAACAUCUGCGAAAAACAUUUUGAUACGUGUAUCUCAGUCGUAAAUCACUCGAAAAACUUAGAUGCCGAGAUAUUCAUUCUUAAAACUUCAUGCCCGAACUUUGCGUUAAGGAGUCAGUGGCAUAUCGCGCAUACAGACCUAUGUAGGUGUGUAUGUAUUUGGCGCGAAACUCUGCCGACUUCUCUUGCAAACACUCGUGACGUCGCCAGAGACUCCGCGAAAAGGAGUUGCAGCGUCGAUCUCGAUCUGACGCUUGAUGAUCUAAAUUCCGGAAAGUCUGGCAACAAAUAUUACUACAAGUUGCUACGUCUACGAAUCCAGUAGACGCCAAUGAAUUGGCACCUUAAUUGCGUCUCUGGCCACUCGAGAAGAGGUAACGAAUUCGUUAGGGGUAACUUCGCGCGGAUCUAAACCGCGAAAUUCAAAUCCUCACUUCGCGAUCGGUAGUAAAUAUCACUAGAGAAUUCCACUAGAAUCUUGUACACGUUGACGUCUUUUUGGCGUUAUACCAGGAAAAAACGAUUUCUUUCUCGAGAAAAGGUAACGAAUUCGUUAGGCCGUUUCUCGUCGUGCGUAUGCAACUUCGCGCGCGUAUAAAUCGCGAAAUUCAAAUCCUCACAUCGCGAUCGGUAGUAAAUAUCACUAGAGAAUUCCAUUAGAAUCUUGUACGCGUUGGCGUUUUUUUUUUUACGUUAUAGAAGGAUAAACGAUCUCUUCUUUUUCCUGAGAAAAGGUAACGAAUUCGUUAGGUCGUUUCUCGUCGUGGGUACGCAACUUCGCGCGCACCUAAAGCGCGAAAUUCAAAUCCUCACUUCGCGAUCGAUAGUAAAUAUCACCAUAGAAUUCCACUAGAAUCUUGUACGCGUUGACGUUUUUUUUUACGUUAUGGCAGGAUAAACGAUCUCUUCUUUUUCCGGAGCGUUCACAGAAAGGGUCCACUUUACUCGGCCAUUUUUCGAGAUAAGGCGUCGAUACGUUUCCCCCCAGCGAGGAAUCUUAUCGAGCGAGUUUAGAUGUUAGGGUUUCGCGAGAGACAUUAGACAGAAAACGAUCCAAUUCCAGGCCAGAUUGAUGCAGGCGAGAAUCGAUCUGCACGACUCGACCUCGGGAAUUCAAAGGGUUCCCUUUGUGCCCCGAUCGCGGGAUCUAUUCGAAGAUACCGGGACGACACUUUGUUUCGCCUGAACCGAGACGAAACCGGAAGUAAAUAGAUGCCCCGACAAGGGACGACCCUCUUUGUGCGGACUGGUGGAUGAAAUGCGAUUAUGUUCGAAGUCAUUUAAUUGAAUUCGAUUGUCGACGGUUCUAGUCCGACAUUAAAAGACGAGAAACGAACGAGCGCAAAGUUCCAGGUAUUUUGUCCGAGGCGCUCAGGCUGCAUUUUUAGGCGAAAGUGAUCGUCGAUCGAGCAAAUGAUUCGAUCGCCCGAUAUUUGACAAAAAGCGCCUAUUGUUAUUCGCGGGUAAUCACGUAAUCCGAAGUACCCGUAAACCCUUGUAGCAUUAAAUUUUUAUCGAACCGCGUGAUUUUUCCAAAGUCAGCGAACGAUCGCUCGGCGACUGU